ACGAAAAAUCGUAUCGACCGCGGCUAGUGAUUCUUGUGAUAAGUGAAAAAAUUGAAAAAUUUUGUACGUUAACGCAUCGAAUUGAGUGUAUACCGAACGAUGUUUUAUUGUAAUACCAAUUCCGAUAACACGAGUGGCAGUGAAGAUGUCCACGACGACAAUGACAACUCAGACUUUACAUUCGAAGAAAAUCGUUUAAGUGAUUUUGAGAAACUGAAGAUUAUGCGAGAAAAAGUGAACUGGGAGAAUGAAAAAGAGCGACAACAAUUUUUUCUUCGACUUUAUCGUUUAGUCAAAGAUAAGAAGGAUUUGUAUGUUUUCAAUCUCCGGGACAUUUUUCGCCCAGAAGAAAUCGAAUGGCUUCUCAUGAGAGAUAUAAGAAAAAAGAAGAGAAGAUCCGACAAAAAAUAUUCAGUCAUCGAGUUUGUGAUUCGCAGCCGCUACAAAGACGAGCCCGAGAUAGACGAGGACGGCAAGCCGAUACUGCGCCGCACGACGGCACUGCAUUACGCAGCUGGUGGAGAUCUCUGUGACCACGAGCUCGUCCGCCAACUUUUUAAAAUAUACUGCAAGUUCAAUUUCAAUUACACUGACGAAUACGGAUUCACGCAUUUUCACGCUGCUUGUAAAUUUGACUGUUGUGGCGUGGUCGCACAAUUCCUCGUGCUCGGACAGGAUCCCAAUUGUUUCCCAGAAGAACCGAACACUAGCAGGGUCGAAUCACCGCUACACUUUGCUGCAAAGUGCGGCAGAGUACAAGUGAUCGAAUUGCUGUUGAAAAGCGGCGCCGAUCCUAAAUUGGCCAACGAGGCGGGAUUGACUCCCCUGCACGUUAUUAGCAAAACUGGUUAUAAUAUUGAGUCGGCGAAUAUGUUAUUCAAAAUAAGCGACGAAAAACAUACACCGAUUGACAUCAACGCCCGAGAUGGGUCUGGUUGGACACCACUGCAUUACGCGUUGGAACGCGAAGACAGACUAACGGCUGAAUAUUUGGUGAAAAGCGGCGCCGACCUGAAUAUCGCUGACGAUGCUGGAUUGACUCCACUGCACAUUAUUUGCAAAACAAGCUAUGGUGAUGGCAUGCUGGAGGAUUUCUUAAAGAUUUGCGACGACAAUCAUCUCCAGGUGCAAGUCGAUGUCUUGGACAAUAAGGGCCGUACACCGCUCCAAUGGGCCGUGGCGAGUUUCCUGCCGGAAUCUGUCAAUUUACUUCUAGAUCGUGGUGCUGAUCUGUCGAGCUUCGUUUUUCCCACCGAGGAUUACUACGCCGAUAUAUUUGUCCAUCAAGAAAUUUAUAAUUUUGAUAAACUUGCAAUGGAAAUAGCUUCUGACGCUCUGGCGAUCGUCGAGCACCUCGAGAAAAGAGGAUACAAACUGAACCUAGCCGGCGCCCUUACAAUCAUGGGAACAUUUGCUGCAUACGGAAUAUUCUCUUCAAGAAGUCUUGACACAAGUUGGUCCGACAGCCAGGAGUUCGAAAAUAAAGCGAAAACGAUAAUCGUAAAAGAUAAUGAUCCAAAGCUGUCGCUCUACGAUUUGAUUCAAUUACAACCAGAGGAGGCGGAAAAAUUGCUCACCUACGCGGACUACUCGAAGCUCGCGGACUCAAACGGACGGUGGUAUAUCCCCGAUCGCCAUAUCUGUGCUGUGCACCUGUGCGAGAUGAUCACGAGAGGAUUUUGCCGGCGAUGGGCCCUGGAAUCUUUCAUGGAGGUGACGCGCAACAAGUUCCCGAUUUCUUGGUGUGAAAAAAUCAUCGAUUCGAUGAUGAACAAUGAUUUGUAUUUCAUUUGCCUGAAUGCUAGUGAAUAAAGCUAGAAAUGAGGAACAACGAGAUUUUCAUAAU